AUGGCUCUUAGAUUAUUGACCAAGAACGUCGCAGCUGCUGCUGUUCGUCCUACUGUUGCUGCCGCUUCUCGCCAAACCGUUCGUGCCUCUGCUAUCCGUGGUUUCACCUCCAAGACUGAAGUGGAGCCCAAGGAGAAGGCCAACAGCUUCAUUGACUCUCUUCCCGGCAACUCCAUCGUCUCCAAGACUGGUUACAUCACUGCUGCCACUGGUUUGUCUGCUUUCUUGAUCUCCAAGGAAAUCUACGUUUUGAACGAAGAAACUUUGGUCUUGGUUGCCUCUGCUGGUCUCCUCGGCGUCCUCUUGAAGUAUCUUAGAGAACCUUUUACCAACAUGGCCAACGAACACAUUGAGCGUAUCAAGAACAUCUUGGUUCAAGCUCGUGAUGACCACAAGAGCGCCGUUCAAGAGCGUAUUGAUGAAGUUGGACAAAUGAAGGAUCUUGUUGAAGUUACCAAGGCUCUUUUCGAACUCUCUCGCGAAACUGCUCAAUUAGAAGCUCAAGCUUUUGAAUUAAAGCAACAAGUCUCUGUUGCCUCUGAAGUCAAGUCCACCUUGGACUCUUGGGUUCGUCAUGAAACUAGUCUCCGUGAGCGUGAACAAAAGCAAUUGGCUGCUUAUUUGAUUGAGAAGGUCAACAAGCAAUUGCAAGACCCUAAGAUCCAACAAGAAAUCUUGGAUCAAGCUAUCCUUGACAUCCAAACUGUUGCCAAGAACGCUUAA